GCUCUGGUCGCCGUCAGUGGGCAGUGGAGACGCGGCAUGCCCCUGGCAAGGGAGAGCGGUCUGUCCUCAGCAGAGCCAUGGGGACCCGCGCGUUGACGAUGCCGGGGUGACAGGCGCAUCGUCGCCCCGCCACCUCCACCAUCACGUCUUGUACUCAGCCUCCCCACCGGCCAGCACAGCACCAGCCUCCACGCGCCUCUCUUCUCUCUCUCUCUCUCUCUCUCUCUCUCUCUCUCUCUCUCUCUCUCUCUUUCUGUGUCUACAAAGAAUGGGGUCGGCGGAUGAUUAGGUUGGAAGCGAAUCAGAUGUUCCUGCAAAGCCUGGUAAAAUUUAUGUAGGCAAAGCAGAGAAAGAGACAGAAAGAGGGAGAGAGAGAGAGAGAGAGAGAGAGAAAGAGAAAGAAGGGAGAGAGAGAGAGAGAGAGAGAGAGAGAGAAGAAACGGGAGGAGGGGAUAAGGAAAUUAAACCCUUCAAGUCAAUGCAUAUUGUGGAGAUAUUCGCACAGGAGCCCUCACGGUGGAGUCGGCCAAGGCUGUGCGUUCCCAAAAUAUGACCAGGGGUGCUUGGAUGUGUCGGCAGUAUGACGACGGCUUAAAAAUCUGCUUGGCAGCACCCCGGGAGAACGAGAAACCGUUCAUCGACUCGGAGAGGGCUCAGAAAUGGCGACUGUCUCUGGCCUCUCUCUUGUUUUUCACAGUCCUGCUCUCUGAUCACUUGUGGUUCUGCGCCGAGGCCAAACUGACCCGGACCCGGGACAAGGAGCAGCACCCCCAGCAGCAGCAGCAGCAGCAGCACCAACAGCAGCAGCAGCAGCAGCAGCAUCAGCAGCAGCAGCAGCGGCAGCAGCAGCGGCAGCGGCAGCAGCAGCAGCAGCAGCAGCAGCAGCAACAGCAGCAGCAGCAGCGGCCGCGGCAGCAGGAUCCCUCCUGGCCCGCGCUCCUGGCCAGCAUGGGGGAGUCCUCGCCCGCCGCCCAGGCACACAGACUCCUCUCCGCCUCCCCGUCCCCCACCCUGCCCCCCUCCCCGGGAGGCGGCGGCGGCGGCGGUGGCAAGGGUACCCGAAGCAAAGAGAAGCGGAGCAAGCCUCUUUUUCUAGGAAACUCUGCCAGACCCGUGUGGCGCUUGGAGACUUGUUACCCCCAGGGCGCGUCGUCGGGCCAGUGCUUUACGGUGGAGAGCGCGGACGCCGUGUGCGCCAGGAACUGGAGUCGGGGGGCGGCGGCCCGAGGGGAGCAGCAAGCCAGGGGCCCCUAUUCAACUCCACUUUGGAACUUGUCGGAUUUUUACCUUUCGUUUUGUAAUUCCUACACACUCUGGGAGUUGUUUUCAGGGCUGUCCAGCCCCAGCGCUUUGAACUGCAGCCUGGACGCGGUGCUCGCCGAGGGCGGUGAGAUGUCCACGUGCAGGCAGUGCGUGGAGGCUUACCAAGACUAUGACCACCACGCACAGGAGAAGUACGAAGAGUUCGAGAGCGUGCUGCACAAGUACCUGCAGUCGGAGGAGUACUCGGUGAAGUCCUGUCCCGAGGACUGCAAGAUUGUCUACAAAGCCUGGCUCUGUUCCCAGUAUUUUGAAGUCACACAGUUCAACUGCAGGAAGACAAUUCCUUGCAAGCAAUACUGUUUGGAGGUCCAGACGAGGUGUCCGUUUAUCUUGCCCGACAACGACGAAGUCAUCUACGGAGGCCUCUCCAGCUUCAUCUGCACAGGGCUCUACGAAACCUUCCUAACCAAUGACGACCCCGAGUGCUGUGACGUCAGAGGCGAGGAGCGCGCCCCGCCCCGCCCCCAGGGCCCCGGGCCCCGCCGCAGGACGUCGCUGACCGUGUCCUCGGCCCCGAGACUGUGCCCCGGCCGACUCAGGCUCUGCGUCCUCGUCCUCAUCCUCCUGCACACCGUGCUCAGCGCCUCCUCCACGGCGCACAACGCCACGGGCCCGGGCCUGGGCGGCCUCCCCGCGCUGGACGAGCACGGCGCCAACGAGGACUGA